GUGCCGGCGAAAUGGUGAAGGGUGGUGGUGACCUAUCCUGCGCCUGGUCGAUCAGGAGAUGGGCCGCUUCUCUUUGCCAGAGUGGCCCAUUUCUUCCUUCACUCCGAGAGUAGACGGUUGGCUCAAUAGUUCUUAAGAGAGCCUUCUGUUCGCACAUCAUAACUCUUUUUCCCCAUCAUCAGCUUUUCUAUCCAUCAUUCAACAUCUGUAACACUUUUUGUAAACCCUUCAAAUCAGUUUUCAUACCUUCCUUCGUACUCGUUCUACCUGCUUCAACCUUGCACUUUUACAGCUACCAACACUACUCCUUCAGUCCCCGUUAUACCAAGUUCUGUCCAUCUUCCAACCGUCUUCAAAAAUGCUUUUCUCAAUCCAAACCAAGGCCGCCUCUGCCUUAGGACUCGCCAUGGCUGUCGCAUCUGCGCCGCUCAACGAACGCACUAAGCUCAACCUCUUCGAGCGUGGUGUCGGUCUUGGAUGGCUUUGCCACUAUGAUGGCAUCGCUGCGCCUUCGGUUGAUAUCGACAUGAAUCUUCCUUUGAUGCUUGGAGAAUUAUGUAUCAAGGUCAACUACGACCACAAAGGCUGCAAAAGCUUCAAGCCGACUGGCACAGGAGCUCAAGGCGACCCUGUCAACGCCCAGUCAACCCCACAGGACGAAGACUCCAACGACGGCGACCACGAGCACGUGAAGCCCAAGCACCCGAAGCAUCACAGCAACCCCAAGCACAAUGACGACGAUCCCGACAGCUCAGUCGGUGCGCAAUCGUUCAACGAUGCCGACGGUAGUGAGCCCACCCAUUCCUCGCCCCGCGGUGACGACAGCUCGCCCAGCUCCCACCAUAAGAAGCCGAAACACUCUGGCGAUGACACCGAUGGCUCUGUUGGAGCUCAGUCGUACAACGACGCCGGUGAUCACGACAAGCCCAAGAAGAACCAUCCUUCUUCCGUUGGCGCUCUCGGAGAGGGGACCGACGACUCCGACAACUGCAACCGCAACGAGUACUACAGUUCGCAGCUCAACAAAUGUGUCAACAAGAGCUUUUUCUCCAAGGCGAACGAUGACUCCACUUGCAAGAACGGCAAACUUGAUGCACUCCUCAAGCUCUGCUUGGAUGUUUCGGGUCUAGGUCUCAUCAAGCCCAUCCACGCCGAGGCUACCGUCUUGCCAUUCGGACCUGGUCGUAACGGCAAGGACGGCUGCCCCGUUGGUCAACAGCUCUCUUCGCUCUUGAACGUUUGUGUCGACCAGAAGUUCUUCUCGGGUCCUCUGGCUGACAACCAAUGCAAGAAGGGAUGGAAAUUAGACUUGGUCUUGGGCAUCUGCUUAGACUUAGUGGGUUGUCAAAACCAAGGUUUAACUAACUGAGCUUCUUUUCUCAAUUAGUCCUGUUGUUUCGAGCAGUUCAAGUAGCUCGUCCACUUUUAUCAUUAUUUGUUUGUUUGUUUGUUUUCCAAUCGUUGUACCACUGUCCUUUUGUCUACGCUGAUGCGCCCUAAUAUAAACCACCAACCGUGUCUUUCUCUACACCUUUCGAUGUCCCAGCCGUGUUCUUGUCUUUG